AUGAUUGCAACGCUGUUCGCGAUUUUGCUAGUCCUUCUGUCAAAGGUCGCUUUCUGUGCCACUGCUUCAAACGAGGUAGGUUGGAACAGUUUGUGAGCUUUGUGUGGUCUACUGCGAUAAUUCAUGCGAAUAGUUCGAAGUGCAAUACUAUAGACAAUUAAACAUAUGUCAUGAUCUUUCUUCCUCCUACAGAUCUCAAACUACUAUGGGCAAUUACUACUUAGAAAACGCUGCUGUCUCUAAGGCAUUUAACAAAAGAGUGGAACCUAUGAGCAUAAGUCAUUAAGUAGAUUGAAUUUCUUCUUUAUCACCAGACGACUAGGACGCUCCUUAUUCUAUUGAAAAAGUUCGUUUACAGUUCAAAGUCUUCUUGGUAUGCACGUUUAAUCUGUAUUCAGGUGUAUUAUUCUAUAGGACAAGGAAAGUUAAGCAAAAUGCGCAUUCGAAUCAUGAAAUAAGACGAAAAUAGCUGGUGUAAGAGAUUUGCUCACGGGUUUGAUUAUAAUGAGAAUUAUACUCGUCAAUGCAGCACCCUCGAAGACAGUCGCAUAGCAACAAGUACUAAAGUAGGAUAAAUACUGUGAUAGAGUCGGAAGACUGUCGAGGUGUUUCCGACUUAUUAUCGAUCGCCAGCCAGACAUUAAUGAAACCCAGAUUUGGAUUGGCCAGACCCCUUAGGGACCAAAUCUUAAGUGAAAGAGGAAGGACGAGGAGGAAAAAGAGCCUGUAACAUGAAGACUCGAGGGCUGGUUGUCCUGUAGAUUGUAUGCCGCCAAUACAAAGUUGGGGUGAGAAGCUGGCCGAUUGGGAUGGUUGGAGCAGGGAUAAUGAUUGCGAAGUUGAGCCUUAGAGCCCUGGCAUACAGUCACAUAGCAGCCUUUAAUAAUGCCUGUAAGGGCUUUAGACUGUGGCCCAUGGUACAGGGCCAUGAGCUGGUUUCUUGCAGUAGUCGGAUCGGCAAACGGUUCUCCCGUGUUACGUUCCCUGUCCCGACCGACAGAACAACAGGCCCGUGACCUAGCAUUGGAUCUUUGAACUCAACGCUCAACUAUUAAAUUUUCCAGGUUCUGUUUCUGGAUUGCUCAGAUUCCGACUGAGGAACUGCGCAAUCAGCAACAAGCGCAAUGAACUCCCGGUGCCAUAUUCGGUGCUGAGACAUUUCCUAAGGAGGAGAAUUAGUCACGUGGGGAGGGCGCGGACGAGCAACAAUCUCGGUGACAGCGAGCCAAAUUGCCGAACCAUCAUCAUGCUAACAUCCAACAUGCAUGAUUAAAUUGAGGCAAUUAAGGACUCGGACCCGGACUGGCGAGCCAUCAUCGUUUCAUUUACGAUACCCAGCGGUGGUCGCGAGGGCAGUUGAUCAUAGUACCCAUGUGUCCCCAUGGCAACUACGUACUAUAUAUAUUGCAGUCCUUGUGCCUCCACUACCUUUAUCUGCAACGGCCUAUGAUGAUAUGUUGGAGUGAGAAUCCGAAACGUCAGGGCAAUAAACUUCAUGUUCCACCGAACGCAUCUUCUUCUUCUGAACUGCUUCAUGGAACUCGACUACUCGUUCCAUUGGUACGGUUGACCGAAAACGGCUAAUAAGCCCGAAGUGACCGUCCUAAUUUCCCUCUGCUGGUAUCUAUUUAGAGAAGGGCUAGAUAGUUUGGUAAAUAAAUUGUAGCCUUCCAUAAUUGUGGGAGUAGCUGAACAGCACGGUCAAAUAGGAAAUCGGCCCGUCAAUUUGGAUUCUUACUCCAACCUAUCAUCAUAGGCAGUUGCAGAUAAAGAUAGUGGAGGCACAAGGACUGCAAUAUAUAUAGUACGUAGUUGCCAUGGGGCCACAUGGGUACUAUGAUCAACUGCUCUCGUGACCACCGCUGGGGGUCGUAAAUGAAGCGAUGAUGGCUCGCCAGUCCGGGCUCGAGUCCUUAAUUGCAUUUCAAGAGGCAAUUUGGCGAGCACACGUCUGCUUUCGAUAGAUUCUCUUCAGGUCUGUGCAUUUAUAUGGCUAUUGAGGUAAUGAAUUAAAGAAUACGGGCAAGUAGAUAAUUAAGCUGUUGCUUGGGUUUGUGGAGGGGAGGGGAGGUGAGGGGGAGAAUGAAACACCACAAUUACAGUCAGCGUCAGGGAGAAGGCUGGCCCCGGCGAAGGUAAUUACCUGCGGGUAGCUGGCUUGGUGGCUUUGAACCAUGGCGACUGUGGGACCUGUAUGAAGUUCUUCUGUGCGCAUAGGACCAGUCCUCGUAGCCUGAUCGCACCCGCCUCUGCCGUAGCCAAAAAGCGCUUCCCAAGUAGUUUUGGAUAGCUUGAUGAGACCUUGUAAAUCACUCUGAAGGCCUCUUUGGUGUCUACACGGUGGUCUGUGUCCACCAUGUGCGCGAGGAUCGAGCUGUUGAGGUUCUUUAUUUGACCCUUUCCUAACCAUGCUGGAAGAUGUUCUUUUAUUUUUUUGGAUAAACGUCGGCUCGUGCGACCAAUAUAUUCUGUCCCACAGGAGCAGGUGAAGGAGUAAAUACACAUAGAGGUGGUCUGAGCUGGUAGUUUGUCUUUGCCCUCUCCGCAUAGAAUGGGACUGGUGGAGAACCGUACACGGGUGUCGGCUGCUGGAAAGGUCUGUGGUACAGCUUGAGUUAGGCGUCAUCGUUAAAGUUCACUUGGUGCAUCCCCUUGAAAUGGGACCCUGAGUAUGAAUUUGGUCGUUUGUGCCCUCUAAAAGAGGAAAUAAGUGCACACUGACGUCUCUUAAUCCCUGGAAGCACUGCGGCAAUCCGAUUUGGUGGAGGGAAGCGCGUACCCGUGGUUGAAGUAAAAUAACAAAGAAUCCGAUGAAUGCAUGGGUGUUGAAAGUGUGUAAUUUUGACAUUUUGUCCUUCGCUUUAACGUAGAUUUAGCCAAUUACUAGAGUUGAAACUCCGACUUAUACUUCCUAUUAGACACAACUUACCUGCGUCAGGCAAGAUGCGCAGAAUGAUUGUAACACAGGCUUCGAUUUUUUGGCUACUGCAUAUGCUAGAAUUUGAGUAAAUGAGGUAAUAUUUACAUACUACUAGCUGCAUGUCUAUAGGACGUAAACACUACGCGGUUACUCUGUCGAUGUUAAUGGAUCUCGUAUUGGACAGCCAUAUAAACUUGUGGGUCGAGGUUAAUAAGUUUCGUGUCAAAGGACUCAUUUCAGGUCCACGUACUAAUUUCUGCGCAAGUUAAAAGAUUAGCACUAGUUACUGGAGAAUAUAUCAGAAAACACGCGAGAAACACUGGCUGGCCUAUUGAUGAGCCGAACCCCUGAUAGCAGAACCAUGCAGCAGCCAGAGAUCGAAGAAGCAAGCUUCCGGCUAGCAUCUGCGCCUGGAGUCUGGCAAAUCGAUCAUUAUUAAUACUGUCAGAUAUUUUCUGCGCAAAUUCGGCCGGUUAAUUGGAAUAAGCUAUCCUACGAGCGAGUCGGGGAAAUGCCAAGCAGGCAAAUGUCUGAUCUCAGUAAUUUCUUCUAAUGUAAAUACAGUAAUGAUAUGGCUCGUUGUGCAUUGUGCGAACAGCUAUCGCAAACUUGGAGAAGUUCGUCAUUUCGCAUAGGAUGGAGAUAUUGCCCACAGGAAGCAAAGUUCGGAGUAUGUAGAAAUCUUCCUACAGAGGAGUCAUCAACUCCGAGAGUGGAGGGAUUGUUUUGCGGCUGAAUUUUUUUUGCUGAAUUCUACUUAUAGAGGCCUUCCUAGCCCCAUCAACAAAUAGCGGCGAAUUUAUGCGAUAAACUUAUUUUGGCCAUUGAACUGGACAUAGUGAAUAUCGAGUACUGAAGCAUGCUAAAGGUGUUCUUUUUAACAGCCGGAAUGGGUAUCCAAGUGGUUAUGUAUGCUUAAAUUAUUAACUGUCCUGCCUUUGCAAGUAACUUAAGCGGAGCUUCGAGGCAAUUCUGGCGAUGUUUUCGAACCACAGAUACAAAGUUACAAAUUUAUGUUAAAGUGAGAUUUAUGAGUCUUUUCAAUCUAUGCACAGCACACGAAGCUUAAACGUUUCUUCAGAUUUUCUUUUUUAUUCCUCAUGUAGUUCAUUGCGGAUCUGUUUUUGACGCUGAAAUAUUCGAAUCCAGAAAAUACUUUAGAAGACAAUAACCCAUGCGAUCUUUGGAUCACCGACUUGAAGUGUGAUGUGUAUUUCGAAGUCUGUGUGAGCUCCGAUGCAAACCGGUGAGAUAUUCCUAAUUUAAAUUCAUUUUGCGCAAAUGUAAGCCGCAUUUAAAAUUACCGACGAUUAGCAAAUAAUCCAACCGCAGUACUUAAAUUUACUCCACUUUUUUAGAAAUGUGUAGCAUGUCCUCUGAUAUAGGUAGUUCGCAGAGCUUAAAAACGUAACUUAUAAACAGCAAUAACACCUUGAUUUGGCAGCCGGCUUCAAUAGACACCGAGGUUUGCUUUGAGCUUGAUGGUAAACAGAUUGUUUAACAGAAAGUAAAACUCUCUAUUUAUUUAGAAGAGCCUUUUUAGGAUUGCAACUGAGAGUUUACUUGAAUUAAUGCCUUGUACAGAGACUGCGACGUUCUGAAAAAGAGUACGGAAAUAUUUUUGGAUCAAGAUCAAAUAGAACUGGCCAAUAAUGGAAGGAUAGUUAUCCCAAUUCGAUCAUCACUGCCGGUAUGUUUGACACGGUUUUCGUCCUUUAAACUGAUAAGAAAAUGAACGUGUUUUUAGAUGAUGAUCCAGCUGAAACACAAUGUCACUUUUAGAACUAAAGGACUCUUGAUUUGGUUGCUGGGAAUUAAACAUACCCAGAAGAGAUCCCACCGGUCCGAAUACUGAUAAUGCCAUGAACUUAGAAAGGUCGACAUUUCAGAAUGCUGGCAAACAUAUACUCUCGGUAACUCAUUAUCAUGCCUAUACAAAUGCAUGGAAAUUGAAAAUAUUAGGCGUUCACAGGGUUGAUAAGUGCCUCAGGGCUUAUUAACACACAUCGUUAAAGCAGUACUUCAGCAGCUGCGAAACAUACUUCGGGAAAACUGAUACUUAGAGAGAUUUAUCCUCCGGAAUAUUAGGGGGCCCUGCAAAGCCUGCCGCAGCAAAUAAAAAAGUCUUGUUUAUAAGACAGCCUUUUCUAGGAGACGUAACAAGUGAGCUAGUAAGACGACCUCAAAAGCCAGCGAUCAUUAGCGCAUUUCUCGCGACGAAUUUACGCGUAUGUUUCACAAACUCCCCUGUGCUACUGUUGGAAGUUAAAGACUGACUACCGUGGCAGGUUGCAUUGACGUCUAUUUACUCAUUUGUUUGCUUCUUUGGAGUUGGAUAUACCGGCCGUACGACGUGACGCCUGGAAAAGAGCAAACGCGAACACGUCUGCCUGGUUAGACAGAGUCGAAAAAGAUCGAUUUCGAGUUUUAUUCCGGCGCGUCUUGUCGACAAGAAUAACCGAAUAGACGCCAAAGAAGCUUUUCGAUUUGUCUACCGGACAUCAGCCAACUCCGCUUUAAGGCCUACGCCAACGGGUGCUGGCUAUAGCCGAGGACAGCGAACCCAGUGAUAUAUUGUCAGAAGACAUUGACACAGAGGCUCUGUCUUCCGCGGUCAUGGCCGACCCAAGAUGGUUAUCGCACUGCGUCCCACCCGCCAGAAGACAGUGAUGUGUACCCCACGUACCCGACUUACAAAUAUCACUCACAACCUAUGUUAUCACCUUGCCCCAAAGAUCAUUACAUGUCGAUCUUUUCAUGCGGGUGGAGCGGUAACGAUGAGUGUUAAUAACCCCUGAGUUACUUAUAAACCCUAUUAACUUAUACUUUCAAGUCCCAUGUAACUGUACCAGCUUGAUGAUGAGUUACGGAGAGCAGGUGUAUGGUAACUUGACUUUUUAAGUGUAACAUGAGGAUAUUUGCAGAAUUUCGAAAUGCCUGGAUUUGUCUGGGGACGUAUUCAAAUAUCAGCUGUAAUGCACGGGGUACUCAAACUCAAAUAACCAGAGAAAACCUCAAAGCAUGUUGCACUGAGUAACUACUUAUGAUUUUCACUCAGAAAAUGACGUUAUCUCUUCCAUACUUCCGUACUUUUAUUAAAGAAUUGGGGGUUGUUUCUCAACACUACCUGCCUUUACAUCACAAUGAAAGGAAGCUGUAUACAGUCUUUUCAGAGAACACUUCAUUGAACAUUUCCAGGAGCUUAUUUGGAUCAGGCUGAAGUGAAGUAUCCUAACAGUGUCAACUAAUCCCUUGUUGUGUACUUAAGUCUUGUACAGCAUAAAUCAGAGACCAGGCCAGAAGGAGAGAGCUCAAAAGUUAUCCCAUUUAUUGCCUUUGCGAUCAAGCGAUCUGACAGAGGUUUAGUGGACCGGAUCUCCGAUGACUACGGUAUUACCAAUUUUAGGAGGAUUUCAGUGUUUUUGAUAGAGUAACAUCACUGGCGUCUCCUGGUCAACCGGUAGUUGCUUCUGCCCCUUUAGACUAAGUAUGUAGAUUGGCAACUUGAACAUGAGAGCAAAAUUCAAACCAUCCAAAGUGCCUGUAAAAAGAGUUAUUUGGGGCCAGAUUUUCAUCCUGCGCUCCUGUCUGAGCGCGGGCCGUUGUUAAUUGCCGUUGUCUGACGCGGAUAGCACGGUGCUCGGUGUGUUCUGCUGUCCGCCUGGUGCGAACCGGUGCCUUUUCACUGAAGUUCCAUGCUGGUCCUCGUUGGCAGUAUAUUGCACCCAUAUCUGUUUGACUCAUUGAAUAAAACUGAAAGACCACUAUGUCAUGCGGUCAGUUAUCUAGUUGUUUAUGAUCUACUCAGACGCAAUGCAUGGAAAGUGCUACGAGGUACCUUAAGAUCCUAAGAUCAGACCCCUUGCUCUAAUGAGCUAUUGGUAGAGAGUCCGGAAGUGCCACUCCGUUUCAUGUUAAAGAGUAUUAGGAAAACAAUUAAAAAUUCUGUAAGCCAUCUUUUGUCUUUGCGAUAUUCCACGUCUUUAUUACCCCUAACAGAAGUCGUUGUGGAUAAGUGUGGCCGCUUGGGAUCACGACACAGUGUCUUCAUCCGAUCUCAUAGGUGACUUUGAAAUAGAUGGCAGUCUGGAAUACUUACUUGAGAAGGCACGGUCUCUUCGGCCGCGAAGAAAGCGUCACGCAAGGUGAGAGCUUCUCACGUUCUGUUAUCAUCUCCAUAAAUAUUUUUACCAUUCCUUAAGGCACGCUAAAAAUGCAGCAGUUAAGUAGGAUACAAAUAAACUUCGAAUAAACCAAAGGCGCUAACAUCAGGGCAAACAAAUAUCUAUCAGUCAACUAGACUAACUACUAAUCCAUCCGAUUUUUAUCUGCCUAUUUUAAAUAAGUAAGUUCUAUAACAACACUUGAUCAGGAUAGCCAGAUGCACUCAAACGAGGUUUAAUCACUUAGAAAUAAAAGUCUCGUCCUUAUCCAUAGAACGAUUUGCGAUGUUAUCAAAUGUCAGUGCUAUUUCGGAAAGAAUGUAGACAGAACUCUCUGCUUAAGAUCCGCUAACCCUAACGACAACCCUAACCCUAUCGGAAAUCGUAAACGUAUUCGUAUCCCUUAGACAUAGCCCUAACUGAGAAACCUAACCGUAAUACUGAAACCUAUUCGUACGCUCAAACCCUAACCGUAACCCGAAAACAUAAGCCUUAAGGCAUAACCCUAACCCGAAAAUCGGAAACCAUUAACCGGUACCCUAAUCCUAACCUCAAACGUAAAACGGAAGCCAAAUAGGUCAGAUGUGAUUAUGGAGCCUCACAAAGUAGCCCCAGUAAACAGACCCCCCAGCCACCUGUAAUACGGUGUCUGGCUCCCAUCUGCGAUCUAGCCAGAUGAUUAUUUGGAAACUUAUGCGUUUAUCAAAUUUACCACUCAAAGAAAGUUCCUAUUUGACUUUUAAUUCACUAUACUUUGGGUUAGUGCUGCUGUUCAUGAAGCACAUAACAAUAUCUGUGUAUGAGCAUCAGGCAGACUCUGCACAGAGCCGCGAUGUAUGUAGGCAAUUUUCCUGGAUAUACUGAAUAGCAUAUAGUUAGCAUAUCUUAGAAGUAAUUGCAAGCGUUUUAUGUUUCCAAAUGAGAAAAACAAACGCUACUCAUAUUAGCUGCUGUUCACAGUCAAUCUUACUCUGGACAGUAGACUCCCGGCAGCCUUAAUUUACCUGCAAUUGCUUUCCAGCACGUUAGUCUCCUUCAAAACAGCAUUUGCUAUUUUGUGAGAGAGAGGGGAGGGGAAAAUUACUUUAAGCUGGACAGAAGUAAAUGCCUUAUGCGUCUAAUGACUAUUCAAGUGGUGCCGCACAGUCAACUACAAAGCGAUGGUGCCAAUAGAGUCUGAAUGACCACUUGUCCUUUAUACUAAAAUGUCGAUAAGGCGUUUCACAGAGAACACUUUUUUUCGUUGCAUAUUGGAUAACGAUGACUUUUUGAAUUUACUGCUCUCGGAGGUUACCUCAUGCGUGAUCAUGAGAAUUAAAUAUUUUGAACUAUGUUGUGGUCCUUGUAGCCAUUGUGAAUCUUCGACUUUUUAGAGGUUUGCCUAACAAUUUCAACAGCAAUGUACUUCAGCCCACAUAAGCUUCUCACUGUGAGACUGAACUAGGGAAAAAUCGGUUAGUCGCAUUAGUAAGCAGCUAUUCUUCCAUAGUUCAACGACACGGUCACCGGCGCUAGGUCGGAAAGUAGGUGGUUUAUCUCCUUUCAGUAACUGAACAUUUUCUCAUACCUAUAUUUGAAAACGACAAUUGCAUACGAAGUUUUAUGUGCUUCAUCUUUUUAAAUACAAGGUGUGAAGCAGAAAAAUUGGCCAGACCGUAGUUGCAUAGGUAUUACGUUGAUCUUAUACUUUGGCCCUGAAUAUUUGCCCCUGUGGAAAAAGCUAAAGAAAACUCAUGUCAACAUUCGCAGGCACACAAACUUGUCCGUCACAAUGUUUUGUCUUCUUCCCCAGCAUGUCAAUGAAAUUGGAACUGCAAUGCAGGAAGAAUUGGUUUGGGAAAUUGUGCGAGACCUACUGCAAACCCGUUGCUGACACUUUCACUUGUGACGAGAACGGCACUGCCAUAUGCCUGCCAGGUAUGUACAAUGUGGGUUCCUGAAUUUUAUCGAUAAAUACGAACAGUCGCUAAAAGGCUGCGAAAGGCAGAGGUAGGCCCCAUAAGUAUGACUACUAGUAAGAAUCAAAAUGCUAGAAAACCCGAAAUUUUACUAGUCGGUUGGCCUAGGUUAAUUUUUAGUUGUCUAUUGAAAUGUUUAUGUAGUGCUUGCUGCUUGGGGAAUUGCUGUCUCUCUUUUCUUUCCGCAGUCACGUACGGUCCGCAGCAUAAGAUGCCUACUGGCCAGAAUGCACAACAACGCAUUCUCGAUUUUCAGGUGAUUUAAAUAAACAGCAAAUAUAAUUUAACACUCAAGAUGCUAUCUUGGAAUACAUGAGAAUCAAUAAUCGGUAUCUUUAAAUAGAAAUUGCUGUAUUUGACAGCUAUAAGUCAAACUUUACAUAAAUAACGUGCAACACAUCGGAUAUUAUAGAGGUUCGUGACAGAGUGGUCAAAGCUCUAUUUUAUAUGUUUUCAGGGAUAUUUCCGGAAAAAUUUGAAGAAACGACUUAGCUAGAGGACGAGAUAGGAGAGGGAGGAAUACGCUUUAUUUUGAAAGUUUACUUCGAAAUUUUCGGCAAAAUGGGGCUUCUUUCACUGUGGACGUAAUAUACGUUAACAAAUAAAGCGAGAGUAAAAGGUUUACACAUAAGGAACAUCUAUUACGGGACAGUUCAAAUUUAAGUUUCUGUAUUUCUGUCUCUUCACGCGCAAGAAAGCGUGCCAGGGCUGGUAAUACAAAGUGCUGAUAUGCCGAUGAACGCCAAAAGAUAUGUCGAAAGCUACGGCGCAUGGGGCAAGAGAACUUCACAGUAAUUGGUUCAGAAUGUAGGGGAUGGGCAGCGUCAUCCAGAAUUCGAUCAGUAAAUUUCUUGACCGUUUCGAAAUGUCGUCAUAUGAUAAUAUCAACUCAAGAGACAAUAAACGCCGACAGCAGAAGAACGCAUUAGAAGAUUCAUUUUUAAAUUAACGUAUUUUUUCAAGCAAAACAGAAAAAUUGACGGCAGAACAGUAAAGAAUGCAGACACCUUAAAGUCUCCAGAUUAAGAGGUUAUGUGUGUGGUAGGACAAUAAACGACGAAUUUAAUAUGGAAGUUUCCGCACUUUGAUGAAAAAGGUUCGGUAUGAAGGGAGAAAUGAAAGAUUUGACGACAUAGUAACACAAAGGUGCCUAAAAGAGGAUACCUUGUUGAGGAGACUGUCCAAGCAUUCAGGACUAGGAAAGGGUCGCCGUCAGAAACCACACUAGGAUGAUUUCUGAAUAUUCAAUAGGAGACCAUUUUCCAACGUCCAUUCGUAGACAUGGUCAAGGCCAUCCUUCAGGAAUUGGAUAUGAGUUGGAUUUUCGAGAUGGCGACCAACAACCACAUCAUCCGCAUAUCUGACAAAUGGACAGUCGUUUGGCCAUCUCAGGCCAUCAGAAUGGAGGGAGAAGAGGUGAGGGGAUAAGAAGGAACCCUGAAGAACUCAACAGCCAUUGGGAAGGGCCGUAGAUUUCCGCUUGUCCGACUGGACGAAUUGAGUGCGGGAAGUAAUUACCGAGCCAAGAGACAACCCAGUCUGGAGAGUCGCACGCGGAUGUUUUACUAAAGAGGAGAGGAUGCGGGAAAGAAUUGAAGGCGGAGGUGUAUUCAAGAAAAGCACAUGCGUACGCACGGCAACCCUUAUCCAGACCUUUUAGAACAGAGUGAACCAAAAAGGCAACAGCAUUUAGGAUACUACGCUUGACCUUUUAUGCAAAUUGUAAAGGAUUGAAAGAAGUAGAAGGGAAUUACCUUAUAACACCUAGGGCAACUGAUUUAACAAGCUUCGGCACUUGGGAGGAGCAGGCAAUUAGACAAAAUGAUUUAGGACUAAAUGAGUAGGAAUGAUUCCUACCGUACACCAGGCGUCAGAAAUCUUGAACAACAUGAACGGUAUGCUAAUAAGGUGUCAAAACGGGGGCUAUUGGAGAACAGUAGGAUUUAAGAAGAAAAGGUAAGACGCCACCCGCCUUGGCAGCUGUUGAUUCACGGACCUUUUAAGGUGUUUAUUCACUGCUGUCACAGACACAGAUGAGAAAACACAUGGCGGUUGGGAAAUGUCAUUUAAGGGAAGACAGGAGUUAUUGUGACUAAAGACAAAAGUUUCUUUUUCACAUCGGCAUCCACAAGCGACGAUCUGCUACAAUGGCUAGUAAGAUGCUUAAGAUUCUUCCAUAUUUCAGCAAAGGAGAAAAAAAGAGGAGAAAGAACAAGUAAAAAGCCGACUAGUCUUAAGAAGAAUAAAACGCAGCUGCACUCCAGUUAAUUUGGCCGAUCUUGCCCAAAUAUGGCUGUUGUGAAUCAAACAUUACCAAAGUCUUCCCCUUUCCAUAUGACUACGGCAUUCCUCAUUGGUAUACAUUUCUUUUCCUGGAUUAUCUCAAGGAACACAUGCUUCUUAAUAACUGACUUCGACAGUCACAGAUUCUUCUUCCAUCUAGGGUACUUUGGGCCGUCGUGUACACGUAAAGACCACUGUUUCAUUGAACCGUGCGCGGAAAAUGCUCAAUGCGAAAACACAGAUGUGGGAUUCAGGUGCAUUUGCGACGGAAAAGAAGGUGAGGCAUGACGUCAACGAGUUUACUGUUGCUUCCUUAUUAGAAAUUUCCAUGUCAGUGUUAACCCCUGCCCUGGCGCCUUGGGAUAUGCCAGACGACCUAAGUCGGGCUGAAAUAAAGACACCUUUUCCUUUAUAGAUGUUAAGUGCUACGCCAGCUACAAGCCCUGCAUCAAUGAGACCUGCUCUGAAAACGGGGUUUGUAAGCCUUCACCUGGAAGCGCUGAUGGUUUUGAAUGCGAAUGCAAAAGUCGUUGGAGAGGCAAACGCUGCGAACUCCGUCUAGAUGCUUGCGAAUAUGAGGAAAGGAGACUUCAGGAGUUGAACGCAGGGGCAAAAACUGUUUGCCUAAAUAACGGAACCUGCAUCAGCGAUCCUAACGGCCUGGACUUCCGGUGUCAGUGUCCUCCUGGCUGGGAGGGCAGUCGAUGCGAGAAAAGGUCGAAUCAGGUGUGAGGUGAUUCUUUUAACCCCUUUUUCUAUCCUUCGCAUAACGUUCACGGCAGCCACCAAGCGUAGCUACGUAUUCUUUCUGUGAACGGGCUGGCCAGCUCCGUCGGUUCCGAAUAUUGUGUCCAUUUUUGCAGUGUCCUAAAAGCAGAGUUUGAGAAUUUGUGUUAAAUACCAAAUGAAUUUACUCUCAGGUGAUGCACUUAUGAAAAGUUGCUGUGCUCAGUCUUCGGCAAAACCUAUAAAGUAGCCGCCCGUUUAAUUUAGCAGGCUAAUUACUCGAACAAGGUAAAGGUGCGGAGCAUAUAGAAUUCAAUGGACUCGAAGAUUUAAUGACCUCCUGUUCAUUUCUGAAUGGUUAUUACACAUAAAACCAGGGGCGCAGUAAGAAGACAGUCAAGCGGAAUAAGUACACAUGAGGCAGGGAAUGGUGGUGAGGUGGGCCUAGUGUGGAGGUGGACGUUUGGAGUAGGCGAGUAAGUCUUAAUUAGAGUGAAAACUGAUCAGGUGUGUUGGUGGGUAGACUGCAGAGAACAUGCCUUCUACCAUGACAGUGUGAGCUGCAUCGCAUGGUUCAACUGCCUGCACAGUUUUGAACGGGAUUACAAUCGCAGAUACCUUAUUUUCUGACCUCAGAGGCCAUUUAGGACACGUGAACGCAUAGAUACAGUCUGAUGUAAGGUGAGCUUGCAAGACAUCGUUGACCAGUUUAACUGGGUUAGCUGUUGUGUUAUUUAAAAACAAGUUUGCACAUGCUUCCCCGCCCUCGCCAAAGUUAGAUUAUUAGUAUGUCCCGUGUCUAGGUUAUAAAUACAAAUGUCGAGAAAUAAUCAUUGAGACGAUACCCAAUUUUCCGCACAAUACUGUGCAAUAUGUACAUGUUUUUGAAGACUUUAUCCUGUUAAGUUAAGGCAAAGUUUUCUAGUGGCUAUGGAAACUAUUUGAUUAACUACGACGCCAUCAGACCAUUGCUCUGUCCUAUCUCAAUUACACUUAUGGCAGUUUUCAUUCGGCUACUUGUGAAAGUGCAAUACCCAGAUACAACGUAUGUGGUCCACCGUGAAAGGCGUAAUUGUAGUCCAAUACUCCAAAGACAUUUUGGCGAACAUACGUCUGCUUUCGAUAAAUACUCUUCAAGCCUGCACAUUUAUGUUGCUAUUAGAAUAAUUAAUGACAAAAUGCUGCAGCUCGGUUUUAAGGGGGAGAGAGUGAUACACCAAAAAAUGCAGUCGACGUCUGAAGGGUGCUGGGCACCGUGAGAGGUCAUUAUGCUAUCGUAUGAAAUGGUGACUGAAACUCGGAGAUUUUUUUCAAUUUGGAAAAAAUUACAUAAGCACGGUUAUCAUGUUAAUUGUCAUGUCGCAUGAUGCCAUCAUAUUCCAGUUACGACAGGAUGCCGGCUUUCGAACGAGCUUCUUAGCGACCGCCUACAUAAACCAAAUUCCGUGAAAAGUUACUACUUAAGUUGCGUGAAUUUCCCCAUCGAUUUUCGGCGCCCGUAUAAAUUCAAAUAUAUUUUAUGGAACAUAUAGACGAAAAUAUUCUUCGCUUUAGUGAUUUAGGAGCAGACUGCAUCCUCUUUACAUGUUGUAGUUAAAGAAAGAAUACCUAGCGGUUUUAAGAAACUUUCACAAUUCCCGAGUAAUUUUCGGCCCUAACUGCGGUUACAAUUGCAUUCAUGGUUUCCAAAACACAAACUGUAUGUUUCCGUGUGAGUACAAUCCUAAACGUCUAUGUGCUAUUACGAAGAGGAUAUAAAGUAUUCUUGAAAUUUUGUAAUGGAUGUAGAGCACGCUAUUCUCUUUAUAAGAAGCAUUAGUAAACGUGCCGAUUCGAUGCUUAUGACUGAACAUUUCAGAGCCAUGAAAAACCGCAUUAUUAGAAACUUUUUAAAACUGAAGGGUACUCUUUCUUUGGAUAUAAAAUUUGAAAACGACGUAAUUUGCCACCAAAUGACUAAAUCCGUGAAUACAUUUGCGCAUGUUUUCUAUAACAUAUACUUGAAUCUACGGAGGCAUCGAAAAUCGACGUAGAAAAUGCACACUAAUUAAGUAGCAAUUUUCCACGCAAUAUAGUUUACACAGGCGGUCUAUAGGAAACUCGCUUGAAGAACGCAUCCUGUCGUGACUAGAAUAUCAUUGUAUUUUGCGACAUGAUAAUUAACAUGACGACCAUACUUGAGUAAUCUUUUCGUGUCGAAAACAAAUUUCAGAAUUUCAAUCAUAAUUUACUGGUUGGUUUGGUAGUUUUGGAUCAUGACAACUGUGGGCCCUGUAUGAAGUUCUUCUGUGUACACAGGACCGGUUUGCCUAACCCGAUUGCAGCCGCCUCUGCCGUAACCAAAAGACGCUGCUCAAGUAAUUUUGGGCGGUUUGACGCAACCUUGUAAAUCACUCAGAAGACCUCCCUGGUUCCGUGUUGUGGCCCGUGUCUGCCAUGUACGCGAGUAUAGAGCUGUUAAGGCGCUUUCAUUUAACCCCUUCCUAACCAUGGUGUAAGAUGACCUCUUAUUCUUCUGGACGAGUGCUGACUCGUAGAACCAGUAUAUACUGCCCUAUAGAAGCAGGCGAAGGAGCAAAUACACAUAGAGGUGGUCUGGGCUGGCAGUUUGUCCUUGCCCUCUCACUGUAAGAUGGGACUAGCGGAGGACAGUCCACAAGCGUCAACUCCUGGAAAGGUUUGUUACACAGCUUGAGUUAGGUGUCUUCUUAAAGGUCCACUCGGCGCGUCCCCUAGAAACGGGACCUGAUGAAAAGCUUUUACUUUCCUGUGGUCAGCAUUUGGGGACUUUGGUGGUCUUUCGGCCAUGUUCUUGACUAAACCCCAGGUACCGCAUAAUUGCCUACUUGCUCGCACCUUUUUAUUCAUUAUUUUAAUAUGAUUAUGAAAGCAAAUGUUUAAAGAAAGUUAGUCGAAAGCAAAUUAUCCCCAAAUUGUCUUUCGAAUAUUUCAGUGAGAAUUUUCGAAACCCUAAAUAUUACUCAAAUAUCCCAAUUAAGGCAUUCAGAUACUCAAUUUUUGGGUUAGGGGGCCUGCACAGUGCUCUCUUUAUCGGACACGCGAUAACGUCAGACAUCUCACUGAGUCCCUGGCUAAUCGCUGACUGUGUCACCUAGGAUCACAAAAGACGGUACUCCAGACGCAGUGGGCCUUAUUUUCAAUGUGCUAACUAGAUAACUCCGCUCUCACUUGUCGAUAGAGUGCCCUAGCUAGAAGCCAAAUACUUGAUUCGGGAUAUGCGCCUCACAAUGGAUGGGGAAAGGGAUGAUCGGUUUCUCUACCUAGACGUCCUCGUCCGUUUUCGUAUCGACAUCAAACUGAUAGGGAAUCGAUCGUCAUUAUGCGGAUGCCUAACUGUCAUAACAAUUAAGUACUACAACCCAAAUGGAGUUGCUUACACACCUUGUACUGGCGAGCGCAAACUCGCCGCACUAAACUAACUCCAAAAAGUCCGGCUAAAAAUCAAUCAGUUAAGAGGGUGUUAAGGACCGGGCAUCUAGGAGAAUUCGUUUAGAUUAGCCGAAUAGAACGAAUCGGUUGGCGUGCGGAGAUGAGUCAGGCAAGGUAAUCACGAAGCCUUUUUUUCCGCGAAAUCGUGCCGCAGCACCUGCUGUAGCUUAAAUGUGAGUCACCCGCAUUCUUGACAUAAACUUCCGUUGACAGGCGAUGCAUCAAAACAACCUCGUUUCAGAAGGGCAGAUGCAACUGACCCUCUAUCGACUGCAAUGGACAAUUAUAUAAUGAAAAAUGGCUGACGAUUGCAGGCUGGGAUGCACCAGCCAGCAGUGUGUGUGUGCUAAGUCGCAGAUAGCACUCUCUACUGUGUGGAUAGUAUAGAACUUCGUCAUCUGAGAUCAAGCCGGUUGAUCGUAGUGAUGGUCAUGUAUAGGGUGACUGGCAAGGGACAUGCCUGUCAACCGAACGCCUGUCAACCGCUAUAUCAACCUUGUGUGACACUCAUUUAUGUGAGGAGAAUGUGUGCACUUUAUGGGUAGUACAUCCCACUCGACGACUGUUUGGUUACCCAACAUUGAAGGGUGACCCAGGCUAAAUGCAGGACCACGUGUCGCCCUUCUAGCUCAAAGGCCCGUAAGCGUGUGCUACGCCAGUAUCAGCAAACCAUGGCCAUUGCAGCCUACUAUGUGCUAGCAGUUCACUGACACCUGGUUCUCUGACGGUAGAUGUGCUUGCGCUCCCGCUGUAUGUGCAAGUGGUGGGCAUGGCUGCCCAGCCGUCAUCGUCCUUCUGACCCCUGUUGGGGUGUUGUUGUUGUUGCCGUUGUUGUUGGUCAAAAACCUGGUCAUUUGGUAUGUGGACCAGGGGGUGUGGAGUGGAGCGCCAAGACGCGGGCUCGACCGUGCCAUCCACCUGCGCUCCCACUCGGCUCCGGUCGUCUUCACUCUGUCGUGACACCGGAUCCAGGUUGGGAGUGGGGAUGAGAGAGUGUGGUAGAUACUGCGCAUUUCUACUAUCACUAUAAACUUAUUCACUCACAAGUCACCGUGCCUGUUGCACCUUGGUGUGUAGCACACGGUGGACAUCGUCGAAACCGACGGUCGAACUGUCGUAUAUCAACCUUGCUCCUGUCCUGUUGACUCAACUCAAGCCACUGUCGUCGGGGCAACGAGGUCGGUGGUGAAAAUACUUAUGGUUUUAGAUCCACAGAUGCUCACAGAUGAAAUUAGGAACUUGGCUAUGGACAAACUGUGGCGCAAAGCCAUGAUUCUUAUAAAGAGAGCAGUGCACUGGAAACGUUAAUAUCUGCAGAUUAACUGCCGAGGUUUCUACCUGGACAGUCCGAUUACAAAUACAAAGUCAAAGUAAGAUUACUUCCCGGCGAAAUGGCACAAAAUGGGCUAUAUCAGAAAAACUGAUAUUUCGAUUGUAAAUUAAAGCGAAGCAAAUGAUGCCGUUUAAUUUGUCGAGAUUCGCAAAGCCUGUCAAUUUCCUUUCGUACAAGCUUUCCCUGGGGUAAUUAUACGGCCUACCGAUAUAAAUACAUUUUUAACUGAUGCCACGAAAUUAACAGAAAUCCGCACAUCGCACAAUAGGCAUUCACAUUUUUCAUUAUAAAAUUUGUAUGCUAAAAGAUAAACAAAAAUAGCACAGCCAGUCUGUUUGUCUGUCUUGGAUUCACUUUAUUUUCUUUCGUUAUAUUCGAACGUUGUGUGAUUCAAUGACAGUAAUACCGUAUGCUUCGUAACUUUUUGGCGAUAUUUACUUCAGAAAAAAACUAUUUUUAAGGAAUGCCCUUGCCGAAUUCAGUUAAAUUCAAUGAAUUACAAUAUACUUUUCCUGCUCUACAGAGGCUGGCAAUCUCAAUUUCAAGUUCUAUCACCGUCUUGGUCUGUUUGAUGGUGAUCGUUCUUGUGGCAAUCUUUAUAGGAAAAAAAGCCACCAGGAAACGGUAAGUACUUAAGGCGCCUUAUUAUAUUUAUGUUACUAGACUUAAACAUAAAAAAUCGAUUCACAGAAACUGUCCCCAUGUUUGGAGAUCAAAAAACUUCCGUAAUCCGAACAGUUAAAUUCACUCAUACCUACCAUCGCCACUACUCCUGAGGACACUGAUUUCGUAAAUAAACUCAGAUAGCUAUUUCUCAACAAGCGAAUGCGUGGCACCAUACUGGUAUAUGCUACGGGUCCAUCAUCCAGUUUCAUUCAUUAAAAAAACUGCGCCCACAUGCGUUAUCUGCAUUGGGACAUCCAAGGUACAUCCUUAUGCGUCAACCUAAAGCUCCCCCAUCACCCACCAUCGACGCAUUGGCUCAGAAGACAGACAGAGGUGGUAGAGAAAUGAACUCUACUAGUACAACAACUAUUGUGCCUACAUCUGCUUUUAAUCCCUCCUGACCAAGACGUUGCAUUUAAAAGCCACCGCGUUGUUUAGAUGCCACGUUCCCAUUGGCAGACCCCUCUGUGUGGGGGAAAGUUUGAACGGUUCAUGCUCGAGGUAUUGACCAGUCUGUUAAUUUCGAGAAUUGGACUGAAUAUUAAGGAAGAAUCUUUUUCCAAGGUCUUUCUUCCCAAGGAAUACUAUCCAAAAUAUAUGUAAGAAAGUCGAAAGGGCACCUCUGUUCCCAGACGAAAAUAAGAAACUCUUUUGAACUCAGAAUACUGGAUCAUUAUUCCGCGUUGGCUAAAAUAAGAUGAGGUAAACUGAGAGUUCGACCGUCGUGAACAAUGAUGUCCGCCGUGUGCUCCAGAGUAUGAUGAGAACAGGUGCGGUGACUUCUGCGUGAACUAGUUUAUAGUGGUAGUAGAGCUGCACAGUAUAUAACACACUCUCUCCUCCUCCCCACCUGGGUCCCGUGUUGAAACAUGGUCCAGAAGACCGGAGGUGAGGGAGGGCGCAGGUGGACGGCACGGCGAGUGAGACUGCACCUAGGCAUGCCAUCAUGACAUGUAGGCAACAUUAUGAAGGAGCCAUUGUACUCUGACUCUCAGACCACCAGUCGAAUACUCCACACAUACGAAUAUAAUUGGUCGACUGCGAGACCCGCGUCAUCCGUCAGUUGGCAGCCUUUCAGGCCAAAUCAUAAAGAUGAGAAUGGCACAAAUCAGUGAGUGACCAUGCAUACGGCCUGUAUAUCCAGCGGGAGCGCAAACUCACCCACCAACAAGGAAUCGGGUGCCAGAGAACUGCUAGAGCACACAGUGCCGCGGGGCCAUGGUUUGCUUAGGCGUGGCAUAGCAUACGCACACAAUCCUUAAAGCCCACAAGGGUGAGACGCAGCCCUGAAUGUAGCCUAUGCCAUCACCCUUCAAAGGCCGGGUAACCAUUCAAUCACCGAGUGAGAGGCAUUGCCCAUACAUGCGUGGGAGUAUCAGAGGUCACGUUAAGAACCAGUCUUUACAGCCUAACUCUCAGCUCAUCAGUUCGCCACACCACACAAACACACACAACUGUGCAGACUGCGUGGACUGAGUUGAGCCAUCAGUCGGCAACCUUCCAAGCCACGGCGCAUGGCGCGACGUGAUAUUCUCAGGUUCGGAUCACACAUGCAGCAGAGGAGCCACGUGGAGAAGGAGCCGAAAUGCACACAUCCAACUUACGUGAGAGGUAUCAAUUGGAUGAUUGUGUUGAGCGAUGAUGGGCGAUGUGGAUGUUUUUUGCAGAUGCUGAUGAACAAAGUUGUGAUGAUGUAGUAUGUCCUGCUGUGGUCUACCGCAGGUUUUCAUGAAUGCCCAUUUGCCCUGGUAGGCCCAUGCGGUAGCUGAGAGUGCGAAGGCAAUGCAGGGCGUAUGGUGCAUGUUGGUGCUCGAGGCACUAGUUCGCCAGUCUUUGUGCGAUGGAUUCGAAAGUGACCAACCAGGCUGAUGUGUGAAAUGAAUGUGCGAUCGCAAUGUGGACAGAUACGAACCUAGUCCACAUCUCUGGAGGUGAGGGUGUUGAUGGAGAUGAUAGUAGAUCACGGGACGUCGGGUGUAAUCUGAUCGACGGGGGGCGCGAGGGGUCGUGAUGUUGGCGGAGCUGCUUGUUGUGGUCGACGCAGUGGUUGGCAUAGGGCGGAUGAUUACGGUGGUUGAUGGCGGUGGGAUCAGCGGCAGUGUGACCAUCGCUGACUGGGAUGGUCGCCGUGGGGUUUGCAGCAGGGGCGAGAGUAGGGGCGUUCGUGGGAGUAGAAGUUGACCUUGACGUGUUGUUGGCGCAUUGCUCCCGAAGUUGUUCUACGAGACCGAUUUGACUGCGGAUGUGCGUUGGCAGCGCGAGCAUGUUGGAAGCGGCUGACUGUUGCCAUUGAGGCGUCGAGGCACCUGUGACUUGCGAGCCUCCCUUUUGGCUUUGACAGCGGCGGUCCGAUUUGUUUCGUAGAUUGUUGCUUCGGUCUUCACUUCUCUUCUACAGGCCGGUCCUUCCUGUGCGAGGUCCCCCAGGUCUCCGGGCUGAUCUUCCGUUGGUUCUUCUUCAGAGUGUCCUCGUAGCUGCUGAUUUUGGCUCCUUGUCGACGAGCACCCCUGGUGACAUUACCAUAGAAGUGUUGUUUUGGCAGGCAUAUAUGUUCAAUCCGCGCGAGAUGGCCGCUUCAGCGUGGUUGAUCUUGCCUCAGCACUGCGUGAACGCUGAGGAUUCUGGUCCGUUAUAGGACUUCUGUGUCCGGGAUCCUGUCUUCCCAUCUAAGCUUUAAUAUUUUGCGUACGCAGCUGAAAUGGAAGUGGUUGGGUUUACUGGCAUGGCUGGAGUAGGCUGUAAACUAUUGGACCUGGAAACAACGCGAGCCUUUUCAAAAAUACGUGUAAGGGCAGGCAAGCACAUAAGCGCAAAGCGUUUAGAAUGAAAUAUCAAUGCAGUAUCACAAUCUAGUCCACAAUUAUUGCGUCGCCAGUUGUCAGGCCGUGUAGAAGACGGACGGGUAUGGUAGAAAAAAGAAAUGUUCUGCACCAACCACUGUACGUACAGCAAUUUCCAAUUUCCGCAAUAUCACAUGUGACAGUUGGCUCGCGGCUGCUCUCGGCAAGCAAGGCGGUCCUGCGGCGUGGUGUUGCCUACCGCGCAUAAACGUCGGACAGUAAGACAGGGUGGUGGAGUUCCUGGCUUCCCGCAACAACCCCCCCCCUCCUCCCCCUACUGGGGAGCGGACGCGAAAGUAGUUUAGAGACGUGGCAUGUGAUGGCAACAUGAAACAUCAGUCAGAUAUGCUGACUGGUUUGGCCGGAUGGACAGUUUGAGAAGAAAGGGGUAAGAAAGUGCUCACACUGCCAUGGUCUCGAAAUAACGUAGGCGACAGGCCGUCCUUAUAUGGGUGCUUUUUAAUUGAAUCUCUUACCAGCUUGAUUUAUAGUCAUGACAACCACUUUUGCACACACACUUGCCCAACUGAUUCGCCAUCUGCGUUUGUGAUCUUCAAAAGUAUCUUUAUACCACAAUAAAUAUUAAUUCCAUAAAACAUUAGGCGAAGCAUAGUUUAGCGUACGUUUGUAUUUGCCUGCACCGAAGUUUACACUGAAUGCUAGAAAAGCUAGAGCUGCUCAGAUAAAUAUGACGGCCAUGUGUUGGGGCAUUUUCAUCGGUACACCUACUCAGCGUUUUCGUGUGAUACAGUAGGCUGCCCUCAGGUCGUCUGGCUGCAUUUGUGCUGAGACCUGUAUUCACCAUUCUUGACUAUCUAUUCGAAAAACCACUCCCGUUAUCAGCAACACAGUCGGUAUUCGUAAAGGAACCUUUCAGUUGUUUUCACGUACUUGGUGAGAUGUAUCACAAGAAGUGCUACAUGAUGCUGUAAGCCUAAGAUUAACAAAUUUUGUGAAAGCAAUCAGAAAGCUGUGCAAACAUUCCAGUUCGUAGCAUUCUUAAAGCAAGAAUUAACUAUAAGUCAUUUCUACUCUUAGGCUUCUCCAACAUGGAUUUAUUUACUCUACUAAGAUCGAGCAAAGAACCAUGACAAUGCCGGUCGGCGGAAACCGUACAGAUCCUGAUCAAAGAUCCAUACAUAUAUAUGCAGACAUCGGCGAUCCUUAUGUGCUACCCACCAAUGGUGGCCUGGAUGUCGCAAAUAACCUUACGCCCUCCUACCUUCCAAGGCAAAAUUCAGACUCGGAGUCUCCUCCCGUCGUUCCUUUGAGGGCCCUACAGAAGGAAGCACAGCGGAAUGAACGCAUUUCUUCAACCGCUGGGGUUCGUGAAAGCUCCCAACACUGAGACCCCACCGUACUCUUUUCUAAUAAAUAAAUUGAUCCGCAUUGCCGUGAAGAGUUCUGUGGCAUCAACAGAGCUAUUUAAUAUAAGUACGUUCCCUCGCUAACUGUAGCAAAUAGUAAGUGCCGGAAUAGUGUGGAACCAUACCCUUCGGACUUCGGAAAUCGCGCAGGCGUCGCAGCAAUUAAGGGCACUGACAGAACUUGACACUAGGACCCUCGGACCAAGUCCCAAGUAGGGGCAGGUAGACGCCCGUAGACUCUUUAAAGGGGAGGAGGACUCUGAUGUAUUAUUGUAGCAGAUUGGCAGGCUGACACCCUACACGACCCUAUAUCCGUCCCUCUCCCCCUCUCUCUUCACGUUCGGAGAACUGCUGGUAGUGAGUGCGUGCGUACAAGCGUGCGAGAGAGAGGGGGCAAUGCUCCAGUGAACUCCGUCCCCCCCACCGCAUUCUAGCACCCGAACGCGUAGCUUGCGGGCGGCAAAGACAAUUCACGUCUUUGCACCACUGACUAGUUUGUCGGAUGUUCCCGAGCCGAGAUCUCUUGCGAUCUGUUCGAACGCGACUCUGCUGUCCCUUGCGGCCUGCGGAGCGAUAGUACGCAAACCAUAGAUGAGGCUGGCACAAAUCGUGGACUAGUCCGUAAGUGCCUUGUCGUACUGCUGGACAUUCAUACUUUGAAACACUCUGCUUUAAGACGUCGUAACUGGAAGAGCAAAAUAUUAGAAUAGCAGCCAUCGCUGAAGGACAGGGUUUCCCUGCAUGUUCCGACUCGCAGGCGGCUAACUACAUGGAUCGCCGUAUAUAAAACUGUGAUCGCGCAUAGUCGUAUCGCACGACUAGACCAUAAAAGUCCCUGUCGACUUUCAAUGUUCACUUUGCAGGUGAUACUUCUAAAACCGGGGCCAUAAUGUUUGCGUAAAGCAAGUUUUUUAAUCGAUUCCCUAGCCCCUAUUGGUUCAAGUUCCAUUAGUCGUUUAUCAGAUUUUGCAAUAGUGUCGCAAAAUGGCCGCAUUUGCGCUCGUAUAGACACAUAACAUAUAAACUAAAUGCCUAAAAUUGGACAUCGAGCGCACGAACGUGUCUACGAAUGGAUAGGUAGCGUAGCGUGGUUUGCUCGGCUUUGUGCAGGGGUUUUGUCGACGGAUACAAUUGGAUGUGAUCCUUGUUUGUCGGCGAAUUCAAAGCAGUCGGCACUAUGCAGCAUCGUAAAAGGGAAAUAUGGUGUUUUAGGCAACAGUAGUUGCGGAAGAUACGAGGUGGUCCAACGUCGUUCAGUUCCUGCCUUUGCAUCCAUGUGCUCGUGGCCUACUGAUGGUUGCAUCGAACAUUCAACUGCGAGUUUAAAAUGCGAUGGAUGGAGUGGCACACCAGAAAUACGUGAUUACCGAGAUCACCGUAUUGUCUGCAUGUUUCAUCACCACCACCACCAUCCAUAUUCCCAGGUAGUUACGAGACUGGGAUAUCCGCAGUCAGUUAAACAUCUACUUAGCUCACCUCAAUAUUUCCCCGACCUCUCCGUUUAUUGGCCUGUUGCGUUCUGCAAAAGCCAUCUGUAGAUGGCAAUUACGGAAUUCGAUUGCAGAGACUAUCUAACGGAUGGUAAAGUGCUCAUCCAUACAGGAGCAGCUUUGAACAGACAGAAGUGACAAAUGAUGGAGGGUCAAUAGUGUCAUUCUAAGUAUUCACUAGAAUUAAAAUCGACCAUUGGCACCCCAACUGACUUUUGUUAGCAACUCUACCCCACAGGCCAGACUUUAGGUAUCAGUAGCCUGUGAUGGCCAAAUAAACCGAAAUGCCCAUUCAAGUGCUUUGCCAUUGUUAGCAAAACUUCUCGAUCCUCAAUCAUGAGUCACAGUGGGAUAGGCUGCGUGUGCCAUUGAUUCUGAGCUGCUAAGAAAAACAGAACCAUCCAUUUCAACCUCACAAUCAGGACGGAUCGGUGCACCUGACGAUCAUUCGUACGGAUAACUUGCAUAAAUACGGAUCAUGAGCUCCUUGUUCUACUGAUUUUUUGCGUCUGAUCACGAGCUUCUUUAGGGACUGUGUAUUUACUAUCAGCCUUUAAAAGGUGACCUCGGGUAAAACAGUUCGGUUUAGAUUGGGGCAGAAUAGAUGUCCACAAUAACACAGGGUCUUUUGCCCGCUGAAGAACCCAAAAAGCAUCUGGUAGUGUUGCGACCGUCAACGUCCCCUUCUGGAAGCGUUUUCUUAGUGCAAGUAUUUUCGAGACCUCCGCAGCUACACGGACCCCCUACCCUGCUCUUAGAAUACACCAGCUCGUUCGUUUAUUUUUCACACAGGGAUUCUCAUCUGAAGGCUCCUUGCAUGCGUUGUUUACAGGCUCCUUUCAAGGGGUGGUGCAAUUCGGGAAAAACUCAGGAAAAAUGCCACUGAAUAUACUUGACAGCCUUAAUCACAUCUUGCCUCCUCAAAUAAUCUUCUUAAUUCCCGUUUAACUGGUGGCAAAGGACAGAUAUGUUCACCGUUUAAUUCUGUGCGAUUGAGGCGUGGGGAUUUAUGAAGCCCCAUAGUCAUAAGGAUAUUUUCUCAGAUCGGAAAAGGGGGAAACCGUAUUCUAAGAUAAUAGCCAUGCAGCGGCUGAUGAUGUUGAGAUCGGCAUACAGUCGGCCCAAUAAAGCACUCAGAAGUUGUUUCUUUAUUUAUGGAAACGUCGAAAUGAUUCUUCAAGUAUCUAUCCAAACACGCACAUAUGCAUAUAGGAAGAAAAUAGUUUGAACUGUAUGGAAUCUUUAUUGCGAGAAAUAAAUGGGCUGAAUAAUAAGGAGGGGUUACAGCAAUACUAGGGGAAAUAACCUUCCGUGAACAGUCGAUUCGUCUGAGGUGGAAGAUGGUCUCAGCAUGUCCAUUAGUCUACUGGUGAGAGCGCAGCCCUGGGGAUAAGUGUAGGGGGGCUAUCCGUGGGAGCUGUUGACGUUAAACGAGCUAUAAUGAGAAUAUCCGGGGAAUGUCGAUUACGGGGGAGGAAAUCGGCGAUUGCGGAGAAAAGUGACACCGGCACACGAUCCCAAUGUUCCCAUUCUGGUUCAGCGCCGAAGGUGCUUUUAACCCGUUCGAACAGCGCAGUCAGCCUGAUAAUGCGUUACAGACUUAUUCAGAGGUUUGUUCACCAGAUCAGCAAUCGCCCAACCAGCACAUCAUUAGGAAUUUGAAGAUCCUUGGAAUCUACGCCACGGCGAAAUUUGUCACGGUCAAGCAGGAUAUGGAGUUGAGUGAAAUUGUGAGUUCACAUAGUUAAGCUGUAGUUUGUCCCUACGCGCGUAGAUAUUGUCUGGUUUUGUGCUCGUUUUCUACGAAUGCUGCAGAGUUAAUAAUGCUCGGUUUUCUAUCGCAUCCUGCCCCCAAAUAUUUAAGGACUGAUUUGAAGGGAACUCUUUAAAAUAUAAUGAUCAGCCUAGAUUGGCAGCGGUUUUUUUUUCCUGUUGUCGGACUGGCACGGAGUGGACCAACUGUUAAAGCCCUUGUCGUUGAUCCCACCAUUCGAACGGCGUUAGACGUGACCAGAAGGUAGGAGCGACAGUUAAGAUCUCAACAGAUGGCCCCGUUUAGCCUGGUCCCCUGAAGACAAGCAAAGAGAGGCAGUUUGCUCGGAAGAUUGUUGAAUUUACACAAGAAGCCCACCCACAACACCCGUAUUGCAAAGACUUGCAGUACUACUAAUCAGUCUUGCUAACAAAAUAGAAGAUGGACGACCUCUCGGACCGGGCAAUGCCUCCCUCCUGAAUUCCAGUUUGAUCCAGUGCUUAUUUCUGUUCUCAUAGGGGGGGGGACCAGCAAAUCAGUCGACGUACUUGUUGCGGAGUAACCGAAAACUGCAUUAUCGCAUGGUCAUGCUCUGCGUUAAUUUCAAUUUUGAGACUAUAAUGACGAUAGUUCUUUGUUCUCAAGCAGGUGCGUCACUUGUCCACGUCUGAAGCUGUUUAUCUGCAACACACGAGAUUAAUUCAGUGAAACCUUCACUUUUGUGUUGAACCUUGGCCACUCUCAUAAAGGGCAGAUGAUAACCUUUUGUACUCGGUGAAAUCAUAAUUUCCAUGUUUAAUCAAAAAAUACAUAAAACGUCCCAAAUCCCUCUGAUAUUCCGGUUGAUAUAUUGUAUCCGGUUUGACAGUGGCCGAGUUCAUGGCGACCUGCCUUAAUACCUGCAACGUUCCCCAAUUCAAUACACGUACUUGAUGAUUUUCCGCAAUCUCGCUGACGACUACAAUCUUGAAACACUCCAGAGUCUUUGUGCUAGUCUACCGUACUCUCUCAGCCAUCGUGUUCUUGUGCCCAAACAUAUUGGUGUCUUUUAUAAAUACACCUCAUGGUCUCGAGCGCCCUAAAAAUCAAAAGUAAAAUGUGACAUUAUUUGUGGUCUCGAUUGGAAAUGUUAAACCUCGUAGGGAAGAGUAUGAGAUAGUUCUCCUUAGGAAAGAAGGCAAUGGGAGAAUUACGGGCAGAAUUCGACAGAAGAAUAAAUCCGGGGAUCUGAAAGUCAGGAACGAAGAGGUGACUUAGAUCGGAGGAUACUUUCUAUGGAGCAGUCCCGUAAUAGAAAACGACUCCGGACUUUUCAUUCGCUACGAAUUAUGCCUGCGCAUGAAAACAAAAAUUAGAACUUCUACUUAAAAGUUAUUCUGAAAUCUAUCCAGGCCACGCGGAGUUCGCCUUACGCAGGGCAUGCAGUUGGUGCCGGAAGACCAAUGGACUUAGGUCGUGGAUGGGAAAUGAGCACAAAUUUCUCAAAUGCGGUCAUGGGGAGGGAAUUUCCUUGUCUUAACCAACCAAACUAUCCGAUUCCAAAUUAAAUGCCGGCACUAAUAUUGAUGGGGCUUGUUUCUGAACAGGCCGGACCACUUUUCUAUUUCCCAACAGUCCUGUUAUCAGGAGUUCCUCCUCGUAUUGGAAAGCGACCAACACAUUAAAGGGGAUGGGUCAUUUACAACUGAUAAUAACUAUAGGCUGGCGAAUCUGACAUUUCUUGCUUAACUAUGGAUAUGGUCAUAGAAAUUGCACUGAGUUGUGCCUUUAAAAAUACGACCCCGUGAAUGCCUGAUAUAUUUUUUUCCUAAAUGCUACGUCUGUUUUUUUUUAAAAAUACAACAGCGGGUUCUUGUAUUAAAAGAAGACAAGAUUUAAUUUCACUUAAAUGGACUUAAAAAGACUUUCGACAAUAUUUUCCAUUGUCGUUUGUUCUCUAAGCUCCAAAGAAAUGAAAUAAUAGGUAGUCAGCAAGCCUCAAUAGAAAACUUCUUGACAGACUAGUCGGCGCCAUUGUGCAUUAAGGAGCCGAAGCCAAUACCAAUGCCGGUUUUGAGAAACGUUUACCAGGAUUCGGCUCCCAGGUCAUUACUGUUCUUCCUUUACGUCAUCGGAGGUAGUACAGGAUUUAACUUUAACCGCAGCGUGUAAAUUCUUUCAGACUUCAAGAAACCUUGUGGCUUCAACAAGUAUUACAGCACUGAAUUUCAUGACGCGUCCUUGCUGCUUGGGGCAGUUUUUGAAGAGCAUGUUAUUGGAAGAUAUAACAGACGCAUUUAAGUAUAAAUACUGCCCACAUUAACUUAGAACGAGUUGAGAAACACCCCAAAAACGUUGUUACGCAUCACCCCGAACUGUGUAGUUACAAGGACAUUUUGGGCACGGAACGUUAUAUGCUAUUACCAAGCGCUACAGGGCCGUAAAAUGAAAAAAAUGGACUAAAUUCCAGGGAGCUGUGUGGGGCAGUCUGUCGUAUCCCGUUCCCACAUAUCCCAUGUAAAUAUACAAGUCUUGCUAAACGAAUGUCCGAAGUGCUCAUAAACCAGCCUGAUUUGGCUCUGGGACAUGACGGCAAAUGAUCGCAAAUGGCUGCCAGCAAACUUAAAACGGGUCAAGAGUUUAAAUUCUCAACCGCCAAGUUAAUCAUCCCGGCCGAAAACAAUAUAAAACUUAAACUUAUUGCAGCCUGGGCCUAAAAUAGGAGUUCUGUCAGUCGAUGCAUCGAUUUGGCGUUGGCAUAGAGUCCUGCCAGUCACCUCAAUAUGUGCGUCACUGAUUGUUGACCGGUGAAUACCUCCUGUAAGUGCAGCCUGUUUUGCUGCUGUUAUCUCUGAUGAUAGGCUCCUGCUCGAGUUCGAAAGAUCAAAAAUAAAAAAAAUUGUUGCAAUGAUUUACAAGAUUUUCACUUCCUUAUACGUACAGUUCGAACUCGGACACUCGCCUUCUUCCGUUUAUUUUAACAUGCUGAACGCUAGGGCUGAAAAUCUUAUCAGUCUGAACUCGUAAACCAGAGAUACGCAUACAACUAUUGUGUAAUUCGCGUUCACGGUAAAAUUCGCGUAAAAGUGGUUUCCGUUGCCCAAAUCCGCCGACUGAAUGUCAUGGCUGCAUUAUUUUUCUAGGAAAGAAUUUAACAAGAAUUGUGAGCCAAAAAUAACGUAGUGUAUUCUAUAAAGCAGACGAUUCAUUCAUUUCCGUCAAUGCAUUAGCCAAUUAUUAAUUAUUAAAAACGGGUAUUUGUUCACUAUCGUUGUUUCGGUUCACAAUCCAGACUAGAAUAGAUACGUCAUGCAGGGCUCUAUAACUGCGUUUAAAAAUAAAGUAAGCGAUGGAGCGGUUAGGAUAGAUAUAAAAGACCAACUUUAGGCCGACUGAAAAAAUAAUAAGAUGCAAUUUUCAUGCGUCACUGAAAAGGUGGUGGCAUUAAUAAUAAUAAUAAUGCUGGAUGUCAGUUUAUGGGUAUUUGUAGUCUUUAGUCCCUCUGCAUGAUCCCUUCCAGAAGGAAACACUUCUUCUCCUACUAUCUGUCAGCAGGCCAGUAAAUACUUUAGGCAACGAAGAAAAGCCGCUCACCAAAAAUUGUUUACCCUAAGCUGCUUGAGAUCACUUCCAGAUUACGUUGGUAUAAGAGAGCCCUGUCAAUGUUUUCCCUUUCGAAACCAGUCACCUGUCCACACUGGUAACUGGAAGAUAAAUAUGAGUAAACCGCGAGUCCUGAUGAUAAUUCCCCAAAUAGCGGUCUAGAUAUUCCAUCCGGUUCAGGAAUUUUGCCUUAUUUAGUUUGACCGAUGAAUCAUCUAAACUAUUCAUCAGAAAAGGCAACAGUUUCAGUGAUUGCAACGACUUAGUUAAUCUCGAACUCUGAGUUGUUUUUGGGAGUUUCGUCGUAAACACUGGUUUGAAGAUUUCCGACAUCAGUUUUACUUUCUGGGCCGCGUUCGAUACAUAGUCUCUAAUGCUAUCCUUAAGGAAGUAAAUUUUAGCAAAGUUCUUUAUGUUUCCGCAAAUAUACCCUCAGCUUCUGUUGCCAGCGUCCUCUUGCGGAUGUUCUACCAUGCCGCAUUUGCUUGCGGCGUCCAUCGCACAGCCAAAUGACAAAGGAUUUUGAAAUGGCAAUUGCUAUUUCCACAAAGUUUUUUGCUUUUGCGCUCAUUUCCAUCAUUCAGUUAACCUACAAGCGUCGAGGAUAAUGCUUUAUUAUCUUCCUGAAAGAAUGUAUUUCAAUCAAGUACUCUAUAAAAGUCCUGAGAGAAUAAUGUAUUGUCCAUGCCAACUAAGGAGAUUUUCUUUAAAUCAACAAAUUUCGUUACGCCUAGAUCGCCUUUGAAUUUAAUAAAUCGCGGUGGAAAAUUGUUGAUCGUCUUCGUCCGACAAAUAUUUCGUUUGAUUUGAAUUGUGCUGUCACUUCUCAUUCUGACGUUUGUUUGCUCUUCCGCCCCCAUUCACACGCAUCCUAUUUUCCUUCUUUGGGUGCGUAGUCUAAUCGUAAAAGAUUUCGGUGUGCGUGGCUCUGUAACAACAACCAAGCCUCCGACUCGGUAACUGGAAAGAUCGUUAAGGAUCUUUGUCGGAAACAGCGUAAUCGUCAAUGGAGUCUUCCCUAUCUUUUAUAAUUUGUGAAUUCUGAGUUGCCAAUAGUUUACAGUAGGGUUUUGGCCUAUUCAUGGAUUAAGCCAUGACCGCAAUGCGUUGUAUCCUUCGCAAUUAUGAACACCGAAGCUGAGAAUCUAUUUGUUAGUAAAUUUUGUAUGUGAUUGAACUGAAAGUCUGUUAUAGUUACGUCACAUAUACAGUUUGGUCUUUCCACUGGUUCACGAUGAAGUGGUCACUUGGUUCACUGCGCAUGAUUCCAUCAAAAUGUGGUCAUCUUUGCGGUAAUCACAUCUACCCCAGUUUUUUAAAUCACCCGCGGCAAAAGUCGCUGUCCAUUUUACGAGGAUUCUCGGUUUUCAUGUUUUAAUUUGAAUUUCGUUCACAAGACGUGUUGCCUUUUUUCGUGGGACGUCUUUGAAAGCGUCCAUUGAUCUCUGCGGGUUCCCUGACAACGGCCUUUCGGUUGGUUUAUAUUGUGAAAGUAGUUAUAUUGUGCACCUGUGUGGCUUACGGCAGUGACGCAUGUGACGGACUUCCAAAAAUCCUGCUUUUGCAGAGUAUGAACAGAUACAUUUUGUGUCUAGAUGACCAUAAGUUGUUCAGUCAUCACACCAGUCAAUCCUAGGUUACGUUUUAAUGACUCCGUUCACUGUUUCUUCUCCUUUUACAUAUUAUCCUGAUCAGCGGUAUUCUGACUUUAUUCUAGGCGCGUGUGUCCUGGAUACUUAAAUGUCCAUAGACCUUUUAUAUGAUCUUCUGGAUAUUAAAUCUUAAUUUAUUCAACGAGGACCUCUGCUAUGUUAAUGAGAACGUCGAUAUUUGCCUCUUUUUCCAAACUCGCAAUGUGAGGUCAAAAUACUAAUCAUACUGUGCAUUCACAAGCUUAUUUGAUCCAUUCAUGCGCACCUUUAGAGUAAAUGAUGGGAGAACAAACCUCUAUUCAGGGUCGGUGGCCUAGGUUUUGCUAGGUUUCUCUGGAAACGACUGCAUCAUUUCCGAAAGAACUUUCGCACAGAAAAUGAAAAAUGGUUUACGUGGGUAUAUUAUGCUAUGUACAUAAGAUCAGGUUAGUAAACGUAAGAGAUCCAAAUCGAUAUUUGGAGAAAUGUAAAGGGCUCAUCGGAUUCCAAGCGUAAGACUACACGUUUGUCUAUAUUAAAUUUUAGAAGGGACUUGCGGGUCAGACGAUUAGCCUGUCAAAUCUCUUUGAAGUUUCAUCGUACUUUCAGCACGGCUGUUUGCUUUCCAGAUUUUUAUGUCACCAGGGAACACUGGGAUAUCGCAGUCAAGAUGCUGAAUUUACUUGCAUAGAUGAGGUAGAUAAGAGGAUCUAAUACCGAAUGCUGCGUGAAAUCGAUUUCUGCUGGUAUUCAUUGAGAUGCUGUCGUGUCAGCAAUUACUCUUCACCUCCCUGACAACUGGAGACUGUUUAUCUUUUUAUAAAUGCUGCUUUGGAUUCCACACUGCCAAAUAUUUUUUAAACGAUGCCGAUAGAUAGCCCCGACUCUUGACUUUUUUCGCUGUUCCUGCAAAUAGAAACACUCAUAAGACAAGGAUGACCGCAGUGUAAGCCAUGCUGGUCAGUGCAUUAAAGGCUCCUUCGCGCUAGGGAACUCAUUAAUUCCUUUUAAUAAUUCGCCAUAUGACGUUGUAUAUAGCACAGGUUUGGCUAAUGAGGCAACAAUUUCCCUACUCAAAAACCCUCUUUUGUUGAUCGGGGGGAAUAAAUGCAGAUUCUCCUCCCCUGGAACUUCGCCUUCUUACGUGGACCUGUGUCGAGGUAUCAGACUAAUUGAGCUUUGACAAUCCUGUCACGUUUCCUUUAAUGUACUGCUUGCUUUAAUGUGACGGACACGACAAUGCAUGUCAGCCACGGCAUCGUUGGCGUAUUCCACAGUCACGUAGUUGGACAUUUCGACUAUUAGCUAUACUAACCUACUGGAUAUCACAGUUAUUUGCUCGCACAGUACGCUGACUAGUUCUCGAAGUAUUUGACUUAGUAGGCCUCAAUCGAAUUAUUUUGUAUAAAUUAAUGCAGGAGUGAUGCGAAUAUUCUCCACUAGCGCAGCCGAUGCAGGGUCCUAUCGCAGAAGAAGGAUUCGUGUUAUGAGCAAAAAGCGAAUGGAAGGCAUUAGAGAAGACGGAUGCCUUUGUUUGGUUAUUUGACCUCCGUUACUGCGUUCUAGGAUUUUUUCUCCAGAAUUGGGCCGCGAUUUCCUCAGAACACGCCGAAUUUAAAAAUAAAUCUACUGAGAAACCAAAGGUUCCCUAAGAUUGAAUAAGACGGAAGGCGCGAAAAGGAUACCCCACGCUAGCAAUAAAGGCCAAUUAAGAUAUGAAAAUCAGGGAGAAUGGGACAGAAGCAGAAUAUCACUGACAAUUUUCCAAGUCUGUAUUGAUGAGAAAAUGCGAACUUGCACCUCCCAAUUAUGACUUAGUGCAUGAUUCAGCUUGAAAGACUGCACAUUUCUGAAAAGCUUGUUCGUAGAGAGCGCUUAGUACUAAAAGAGUCAACAUUGCAGGGCACAGAAAACAUGUCUGCACUAUUUCUACAGAAAUCGGCAAAUGAAAUAACCAACCCGCUCUCUGUACUCCUGAAUGUCCUUUUUAAAGUCGGCUUGUUGUCGUCGAUUGGAAAUCUACACUAAUCACACCGCUUUAACAGGGAAUCAGGAAGGUCUCCGCAAGUAAAUGCAAACUUAGUAGCCCCACUUCUACCCGCUGCAAAAUUAUAAAAAAAUAAUUAAUCAAGAACUAAUGCACUUUUACAACAGCAAAAUUCGCGCUAUGAUGUCCAGUAUGCAUAAAAAAGAUGCUGGUUCUGUGUAGUAAACAUAUUUUAGAGUUUAAAACGCUGAGCUUGAGGACUUUAUGAAGAGAAUGCGAUUGAUGUACUCUCGAUAGUGUAUCUCAUCAGUUUCUGCCGUAGACACCCAGCCAAGAAGGCGUCAGGGCUAAUUUCCGGAGGUGGAUUCACAGCAUCCUAACGGGCCAGUCUCAAGUUUUCCAUGUUGAUGACCAGCAGUCGGCGGAGGUGGCGACUGGGAGAUUAGAGGCAAACACAAACCUACUCGUUCAGUGUGAACACAUGCAAAAUUUUCGCGGAUGAGCGGGGUCAGAUCUUAAAGUCGCAGCAUUUACGUUUGCACGACGCCCCCUUGCGAAAAUUUAACAUUUUGAAGGGCCUGGGUGUGUUGACCACGACUGUACUUAAGUUACCGCCCAACAGUCCAAAGCUGGCCAAGUUCGAAAUGUCACUUUUGUCGCUGGUCAAGCGGGCUUCCGUAAUCUUUGAUGAAACCUGUUCGGAUAAAGCCUCUGGAACAUUUGUGCGGUUGCAACUGGUGUUGGCCAUCCAGGCUCGUAGACCCUGAACAGUUAAAGACCGCAGAACCUUUGAAAAAGUUUAAAGACAAGCACAACCCAACCAGUUAGCGGACCGGCCUCACUCCCUAUGAACAACGCUUGUCUAAUCUCUAUAUUUUCAUUUGAGUUACAGUCACGUAAAAGGAGACCUCCGCAUCGCGUUUUUUCAGGACUUGUGCGUAGUGUCUAAUGACUUCUGUGCGUCGGCAGCUAUAUGAUAUCUGCGGAGGUGUCCAUUCAAUCUACGUGUGACUGGUACUUGUCUGUGUGCACGGGAGUUAGUAUUCGCCUACAAAGUACUUGAUGCUUAGGCCGCUUUACCUGUGAAUGCUAUUAUGUCUAAAUUUAAAGACGCUUUUAAGGUUAAACUUGAGCAGUAUACCAUCGCACACCAUAGGCCAUCAAUACAUUAAGAAUACUGGCCUCCUUUUCGACUGGAGUUGUGCUGUAGACUACGGUUAACCAUUCAUUAAUGUAUGGCCUACCACUGCACUUUUUAGCAUAACGUUAAUUGAAGACUAUUAUUUUCCACCUCCCCCUCACUGCACCACCUCGCUAAUAUUUACAUUGACAUGUAACAACGGCUGACUUCGUCCUUCACCCUCAGUAGUUUACUCACACCUAAACUGACUAUUGUACUACGGAUUAAAGAAGGUGCAAAUAUUGAUAGGCGUUGCGAACGCGUGGAAUAGGCCGUGCUUCUGUAUAUGUUAGCGCUUUUUUUCUUAUGAAAAUUUUAAUAUCUUUUUGUUGUUUUCAGCAAAUAGGUAGUAGAAAGAUGCGCACCCACAGGUCUUUCAAAUAAACUUAACUGAACGCAUGUAACUGUAAUGGACGUUGGGUGUUUCAGCCAAUUCUACAGUACGUUUCGUUACUAGUUCCUUGGAGGUCUGUAAUCUUACCUCAACAAUUAUUACGUUGUUUCUCGUACCGUUGAAAAUAUUCAUUGCUGCCGAUUAGUCAGAUACUCAUCCACAACUUAUUUUUUCUCUUAUAGAGGGCCAGAAAUUCUCGAAUUAUACACACCGGACAACUGCUUGUUCUGUUUCCCUGAGCGGAUAACCAAGGUCUAAGAUCAUCUUUCUUGCAAUUAUUAGCUACAACUUCUAACACAGCUGUUGACUAUUUUUUGAAUUAUAUCAAAGAACGAGUGACGUCGAAGUGUACGUGAACCGAGCAACGAAUACUGUAAAUAGUAUCGACAGAAUUAUAUACGGCGGCUAAAUCAGAAACAGAGUUAGUUAACAAAACUCGGGCAUAAUCUUUGCAGGGAAAAUGUAUAAUGAGGAGGUAUUAUAUAUGUUUAUAUCGCGUUCAUCAUCUCCCGAAGAAGAAGAAGAAGAAGAGAGGGCGAAUUCAUGGACCGUAUUGUAUCCGAACUGACGUUUUGGAAACUUCCUCGUUUCCGUCAUCAGUGUAGCGUACUUGCGUAUAUAUAUAUCGAGGCAAUAAUUUCAGAAAUUAAGUGGGUCUUCCAACGUUCUGCGUGUGGUUUCUGGUAUGUACACUCUAGGAAAUAAUCAAGCUGCGCCGCGCAGCAGCAGAAACAUCGGCGAACCAUGUGUUUCGGCUUUUAUCUUAUGCCCACGUCGGGUGUACAGCAUAAUCAUAUGUCCUAUAAAGUUAUAUUGAUAAUAAUACUGCUUGCUUGUGAAAUGGAUAUUACUUCGUCAUUCCGCAGUAGUUCAUUAUAUUCGACUCAAAUAUUCAUUGAAGUUUCGGGUCUGCCCCUAAAAAGUCAUGUCUUAGGCACAUAAAUCUGUCUUGCACUUAAUUUCCUAAAUUACUACUUUGCUUAUUCUCUGGAUUUCACAUACUAGGAACCGCACAGAGGACGUUGGGGGAUCCACAGAGGAGUUGGACUCCUCACACCUGCGUUGUGUUUCAGCAUAAACAUAGGCGAAACACUGUCUAGACUUUUACCUAGCGUCUAUCCCCGGAGUACGAUAGAACCAUCCGUCACAUCGACAGUUCGGCGUCGUGACGGACGAUAUCCACUUUGUGCUUUACAACAGUGUGAGAUUAGAUGCAGUGACUUGUGCCCGAUUUCUCUCGUAGUGAUAGCAGACUUGUUUUGAGUCUGCCGCGUUCUGUCCUCCUCCCCCACUUAGAUCUGGUGGAAAGGCAAAGUCAAGGAGACCGAAGGUGCUAGAGGGCGUAGAUGGCUGGGACGUCGAAAGCCAGCACGUAGACUACCGUCACACCUUCUGGUCCACAACGCACAAUGAUCUGGAUUGUACGGCGAGAAAAAAUUGACAGCUCGGAUUCCACUGGAUGGGAGUGCCGUAGAGGCCGAAUUUAGACGGCAUCAUUGCAGCCCGACUCGUGUUUCACCGGUCGGUCACCCAACAGGAACAAACUGGGCUUGUGACAGUUCGCUCCACUGAUCAUCACCUCUCUGUCAUACUGCCCUUCCUUCCGCCCUAAACUCCAUGUUAAUCCGCUGCUCGGACCGCGCGGAGCUUUGCAACAAUCAAGUACAGCCGAAAGACCGACACUUGUUUCAACCAAUACAUGAUGACUUCUCCUGUGGAAAAGGCGGAAGCGAAUAAUUCGCAUUGACUCAGCCAAGACCGCUGACUCGUCCACUCGAUAAGUCCUGUCUGAAUGUUGUUUUACAUUUGUUUUGCUGUCAUCACGUCAUUCCUUUGUUUGCCAAGUCCAGAUUGCCAUGACUAGCCAUGUUGACCCAUAUGUAUACACGUCCCCUUGAAUCGAUCUUCCCUUUUUGCUAGUUUGCGCGGGAUAUCUCGUUACGAUCUCCACCAUCUUUCAUAUACGUUGUAUAUUUGGUUGUAAUCAGCCUUUUUAUCACUAUACUACUACUACUACUACUAUACCGCCACUGGUUUUAAGAUCGGAUUAUUGAGACUAUGUUUCAAACGAUGGAUACUUUGGGUGUAGGAUGUCAAAGGAAGCCUUCGAUUAUGAAGAAGAUAAAGUUGUGUACGGCCACGAAAGAGUCUUCGACUCCACUCAAGCCUCCUACGUUGAACGUUAAAGUUUGUCACUGGCCUUGCGAGAGCUCGAAGACAAUCAACGCUGUUCCUUCGUCGAUUAGCUAUAGGCGGACACAAACGGGACAGACCAGAGGUGCACGGACGAACUAGUGGCUAGGAAAACCUUAGGCGGACACAACCACCGAAGAAAGGCCUGGAGAGAUAGGUUGCGGCAGCUGCUUACCAAGCCUCCGGUACGCUCUUUCACAACGGUAAAGCCCGUCCAACCCAAUCCGUCUUCCCUGAUUUGUGAUCAGGGAAUCUUCGUGUUGUCGGCCAUUGGGAAUUCUCGUGUCAGCCCCCAUAUCGACAGGUUGACUGUGAGGUCCGAGUUAUCCCGUCAGUUGACAACCUUCCAGUCAUGACUUUUAGCGCGCUGUGAUAGAUUUAAGCGCGUCAGAUUGUAUGUGGUGAGGAAUACGCGCUGAGACCGUUGACUCCACUCUCUCUUUCCACUCCUAGGCACCAGCCUAUUGCCCGAGCUGGUCAGGUGCCUGAUAACAGAAGUAGGCGCAGUGAUUGACAGAGCUAAGGAGGUCGUCUUCGCAUGCCGCAUGCACCAUCUGGCCCCCCAAAAGCACGCAGAAUGAUUACACAUACACAAGAGAGAAGUGGCUCGGACUUCGCGCAUGUGAGAGAGUGACAUUAAGAAGGAGCCAUCGCAAUCCCACUCUCACUCCACCAGUCGACACAAGCACACUGCUAGGUUGACAGGUUGGUCUGAGUUGAAGCGUCAUUUGACAACAUGCCAAGUCACGGCUUUUGGUGCACGAUGAAAACCUCAGGCACGUCUGAUGGUUUAUAGUGUGGAAUUAUGACGUUAGACCCAAAUGAGCAUUAGUUUCAUUCUGAGGAAUUUACUUAUGCCAGCUUGAGGCGUUUACAACAGCAUAUUCGUGGAAUGUUAGGCCCACAGCAUUCAAGGCCCUGUCUUCUGAGUGACAAAUGGUAGUUGCGCCUUCUAACAGAAAUCAUAUAAUUUCGUCAAAAACAUCUGCCUCCGACUGCUUUCGUGUCACCACCGCAUUCUUCUGAUGUUAUACACAAAUUAAAUAUCUACCAGUACAAAUCUUGCUCCUUAGUUCCGGCAUUGGUAGUCCCGGUGAACAUUCUACAACCGACGACCUGGACGGGACAUUAAUUCACGACAGAGCACUCUUUUUUCUGACCCAAAAUCCACCUGUAAAUAAUAUUCUGAUAGAAUCGGUAACAAAUGCACUAUAUAAUUAGUUCCAAAAGACGACAGGAAUAUAUCCACAGAAGGUAUAACUUCAGGUUCGAGAAUAAUGCAGAAACUUGAACUGCCCUUCAGCGAAUAGACAUAGUUAUAACUCUAUUAGCUUAAAAUCAGUUAUUAAUUACGCAUAUCAGACGUAAAAACAACACAGGGUGACGUAUAACUUUACCGCGGGCGUUGAAACCAGCGAUACCAACCGCGCAACCUGCACAACAGAUAAAUGCCCCAAAAAUGGUCCACUAAAACGAAACAAACUAAUCAGGUCUCCCAAGGACUCAAUUAUUUCCAUUAGGUGAAACCUAAAGACAUUUUCUGUGGGGAUGGAUGUUUAAAUAGAUAUGAAUAGCAUAUUCGAGUGAAAAAGUGGCCAAAUGAAUAACUAAAACACACGUAGAAUUUCUUCGAAAUCUAUGGGCUCGUGGCCCGUCUACCACCGUCUUGAUCAGCCUAAUGACGAGUCCAUGCAAAGCGGGGCCUAUCUUGUGUUCUCACAUUAUAGGUGUAGGCCAUCAAACUCGCUCACAAACAGACAAAACCCUGACGGCUGUUCGUUCACAUAAUCACUCGUCUCAGCAGCUGACUGUUUUUUUAUUACCCUCUUUGAUUAGCGUCAUCACCCUCUCCGCCCGCCCUAAUGUUGGAUCGGCGCUUUUUAUUUCCUUUGGCUAUUAGAUUCUUUUAGUACAAGAAAAUGCUACUGUUUAACUGUUCGAUGCUUGACAUGUGUACGAUUCCUGCGAUCCCAGUUUCUGUGAAUUUUUGUAAAUUGUUCCAUUUUCGUCAGCAGUGUUUCAUUAUGCUACUUUUUGAUGUCAUCGUCCCUUUUCCGCCCCUACCCCGUGCUCUUUCGCCUACUCAUUAUGCUCCCCUCUGUGAACGUAAACUACUCCAGGACUGUUGCGCUAAGUCAUGACUGGCAUAUGAUUCACCUUCGACAGCCGUCCCACAGUAUCCAUCAGAUCAGCACCGCUUUAGACAUGCUCCUAAUUAAAGCAUCUUCAACAGUCCCUGAUUUUUGCCUAAUUAAAACGUACGAAAUUCUUGUUUGUUUCAGUGACUGGAUUGUCUAGUUCGAGGGUUAUUUUUAUAAGCCUAUUUUCGAAAGUCAUUGACAAAGUUUCUGAUGUUCUUAGACAAAGGCUAAACGGCGCUUCACCGACCUCUGAGCACCGCCCGAUAAUUCACUGGACAUUUUAUGGACGGUGUUGGAAGAGCUUUCCGGUCUCCAAUAUCCUUCUGUCACCAUUUACAACCAAAUCUGUCUCCGCAUAAGACAACCUGUAGAGGACUUUGCGCCUUAUAGUGACGCCCUAUUAAGCCCCGGCGGAUGCAUCUUCCCCUGCACUCGGAUUUCUAAACAAUUUUUCCUGGGUUCGGUUGGUAAUCCUUGCUCAGAGGGCGUCUAACGGGAGUUUCGUAUUUGACCUCCCACCUUCCUGGGCGCAGCCCUCCCAACUGUGUGGGUUUUUAAGUCAGCUUCAUCGCAGUGGGACACUUACCGUGUAUACGGUUUUCCACCCCAGAUCGGGGCGCUGGCAGCUGCUGGACUAUGUUCGGAAGCGAGGUCGGUGAAACGUGUGGCCGAUGAUUAGAGGGACCAUCGCCGCGUCAUCUCCAAGUUGAGGCUCCCUCUGCAACCCUUCUGGAGGCCACAAGUUGAGCUUUGUUGUCUUUGCCUGUUCACUGUUUGCAUUUCAGCAAUCUACAACCCUGCGACUGGAAGAAUUGUCAGCGGCAGAUGGAAACGCCUCCGUGGAGACUCGGUGGUGCAGACUACGGGACGUCGUUCAUUCGACCGCCCUGGUUGUCCUCGGGCGCGCAGGUCACCAGCACCGGGACUGGUUCGACGACAGCGACGUAGCCAUUGGUAACUUGCUCGCCGAGAAGGACAGGCUGCACAGAGCCUACCUCGAUCGUCCAAACGACGCGAAUUAA